AUGGCGCUGCUUCUUGACCGACGAGGAGACAAGCUCCCCGUCACAGAAGAAGUGGUCAAGGCGGCAGCAGGGAAUUGGAAUGGCAAGCAGGUGAUGACGCUGCUUUUUGACCAACGAGGAGACGAGGUCCCUGUCACAGAAGAAGUGGUCAAGGCGGCAGCAAGGAACGGGAGGAAUGGCAAGGAGUGA